CUUUGCUCGUGGUUUAAUUCAAGUUUACAUGUUUCCAUGGCAUACAUAUCUAUUAGUAAGAUAUUACAACAUACAGUCUGGAAACUUGUACAAUCCCAUCUGUGAAAGCAAAGAACAAGAGAACCAACACAAGGACACUUCUUGGAGCAAACUGGACACAAGAGACAAGGAAUAGAAGCUUAACACAGCAGCAACAGCAGUAACCUCGCAGAAGCAGCAGCAGCCUAGCAGCAGGAGCAGACUCUGCAUCUAUAGAAUCUGAGCUAGCUAGCUAACGAACCUUUCCUGGAGAAAUCAAGUCUUCACUCCUGCUUCUGCAAACAUUGAGAGUUCUGGUCCGUACAACAGAAAGAAUGGGUGUCAUAUACUAAGCUAAGGUAUCAGUAACCUUAUACUAAAAGUAACAACUACACGGAGUUAGUUUGCACGAAGUUGCACUCAACUCACGUUGAUUAGCCACUUCAGCUAGAUGUUUCAGCUCUCAAUGAUACAUUGACUGCUUGAUGAACUAGAGCCAUCAGCGCGAAGCUGCUUUAGACACCAAACACAUAUUGGACAUGGAAAUCAAACAAAUACCCUGCUGCUCGGCAAACACAGAUAGACACAGGAAAAAAGAAUAAAAUGAAAAUUGGGCUGCCAUUGCACCGUCCCUGACUAAUUACUUUAGAAGCAAAAGGGACUACCAAAACUGCAGGAGCAAAACAAUCCCAAUCACUGUCCUAGCCUCCUAGUUUCUUAAUAUACAAAUGAUUCGAAUUACCUCAAAGCUUUUGCAGUCCUUGCGGAGAAUACCUAAGCACCUCAAUGAACUUCGACUUCAACUCGUACGAUUCCAACAGGGAAGGCGCAAACCGAGGGGGACGACGCAGAGAGUGGGUAAUUGCCUUAUAAGUUGUAUUUGAUCGUUCAAUACGGUGGUGACAGAACAGUACUUAGACGGACCCAGAGGUCCGGUCAAAACGAGGGAUUCGUCGUACCUGUUUUACAGAAUCAAGAAGGAAUACAACGAACGGCAUUCAGUGGAGGCAUUUGGUAGGGACCAGAGAUCAACCGGAGGCAAAGAGCUGGUGACAGUCUGCCGGAGAGGGAGAGGGAGGAACAAACGCUAUAUUUUGGGUUUCAUUUUUUCUGCUUUUUUGUUCUUGGAGAAUAACAGACGCUAGAAGACAGGAAACAAAGAAUUCUCCGUCUGUUUGGGAAAAUAACGGUUUGGCCCGGUCUAUGAUCAUCAGGUUUGAGCUGUGGUUCAAUGCAGUCGACCAAUGCCACGUCAAUUUCACGUGGACCAAUAAAAAACCGCGUUACCUGUGCCGCACUUUUUACUGCGUCACUGUAGCAUUGGCCCAGUAAAUGAGCACUCCAAUGUGGGCUUCCCACUGGCCCUUUAUAACGUGGUUCUUUAUAAUUAGGGAUAUUGGGCUUUAAUUAUUCUGGCCCAUCCGGGGUCUCUAUAAGUAAAGUGAUCAAUACAGAUGUUCUUUUUUAAUUGUAGAAUAAAAUCAGAUGUUCUGAUUUCUGAAUCUGCGUGAUUGGAAGCCUUCUUCUCCAUCGCGUUCAUGAAAGAACUAAAAUUCCGUCGUUGAUUUUCUAAGCUUUUGGCGGAAAUUGUUGUUGCUCUCUCUGGAUAUACUAGUUUCCGUUCUUCUUCUUUGCCGACGCCGACAUUUUUAUUCCCAGACUGAGCUCAGAGCCAGUUUUUGGCCUGUGAAUAUAUAGAUAGUAUACAGGCCGGCCAUUCAUGGAUCCUUCAAUAAUGAAACUCCUCGAGGAAGACGAGGAUGAGACGAUGCAUUCGGGUGCCGACGUCGAGGCUUUCCAGGCAGCUCUCAAUAGGGACAUUGAAGGCCACGCUUCCAAUUCUCAGAAUCAAGCUCAUAAUACGGUUUUUCCAAGCGAAAGCAACCGAGGUUCCUCUCAGCAAUUUCAAAGUUGGCCAUCAAUGGGACAAGAUCGAGUUCCGUCUGGCUCAAGCAACCAGGGGCCACAUAAUUUAUCGCAUCAACAACAAUUAUCACAUCAACAGCAGCAACAACAACAACAACAUCAAUCGCCUAUGAUGAUCGAUCAACGAUCAUCUGUAGCUGAGAAACAGCAGCAACUUAAUAAUGUGCCGCGGGGACAAAAUCCCCUUGCUUUGCAUAAGAACCAACCCCAAGACGAGCUUCAACAGGUUAAGGUGGAACAUGCUGCCGUUCAAGCUCCCCAGACAAGUGGGGCGACGAUUUCUGAUAAAAGUCCUGCUUCAGUAUCUGAGCCUGUUAGGUUGCCGAACCCCAUUGGUAAAUCCCAAUUCUUAAGGAUGCCCCCACAGACAUCCAUGGAACAGACUGUUAACUCAAGGUAUCAGGGUCAGCAAAUACCAUUUGUGCUGUUGCUGCCUACUUUAAGACCCCAUCUUGAUAAAGACAGGGAGAUGCAGCUUCAGACUAUCUUCACUAAACUAAGGAAAAAUGAGAUCCCAAAAGAUCAGUUCGUCAGGCAUAUGAGGAAUAUUGUUGGGGAUCAAGUGCUAAAAUUGGCAGUAAAUCAGUGGCAAGAGCAGCAAGGAACCAACCAAUCUCAGUUACACUCCCAAGCUUUAGCCCGUCAACCAAAUACUAGGAUGCCUAUCAGUCCCGGUUCUUCUCAACUUGGUGAUUCCAAUCCAUUUGCACUUCAUCAAAAGGGAUCAAGCUCUUCCACCGACCCAACUUACAAUGGUCAUCCGUCAGUCAAACUGCAGGCUGAUAAUUCAACUCAUGCUCUUGCUGGAACGAGUACUCCUAAUUCCCGACAGGUGGAUUCCCGUGCAGUUAACUUCAGUCAAAUGUCUUCACCCAUUGCCAAUCCAGAGAGAGAUGGCACUUCAAUUUCAACACAAGGACACAAUAAGCAGCAGCAACAACAUUUACACUUCCCACAGACAUCUUUCCCUAUGUAUGGAGGAGCUGGGAGUAAUUAUCCCACAUAUUCUGGUUCAGGAGGCACAUCUAUGAAGCCACAGCCUUCAGAACUACAAAUGAGGCAGAUUCAUCAUCAAGGGGCAGCUACCACUCAGGUGGGAACAUCCACCCAGGCAAUGAGCUCCCUCAACGUGCCCAAAUUGGAGAGGCAAGGUCCAGCUGUUGAGUCCAAUAGAGCGCAGAGUGGUCCUCUAUCCCCUUAUCCAAGCAAGCCAGCAUUGCAACAAAGUUCAGUUCCUUGGCAGACGUCAACAAAUAAAGACCAGAAUCCUGCCCCUUUCCAACCAAUGAAUUCGGUGAAACAGGAGAGAGUUGAGCAGGCUAGUGAGCUGCCGCAGAAGUCCCAGUUCUGUAACAACCAGGAGUCAUCUGCUGGUGCUGAACUAGGAAAUGCAACUUUGGGGAAUUCCAAGGAUGCCUCUUCGGAUAAGCAGCCGUCAGGUGUUGGGUUCUCUUCAGCCUCUGAUGCAGUGCCCCCAAAUGCAGUUUCCCAAACUGUCACAACCCAGACUGACCACCCUACCCAGGCUGCCCCCAGGAUUCCUCCCGUAACUUCACCUGCUACUACAAAUUCAAGAACACCUCCAAAAAAACCCUCCGUCGGGCAGAAAAAAAAUCCACUAGAAGCUGUUGGAUCUCCCCCGCCUGGUGCAAGUAAGAAGCAGAAGGUUUCUGGGGCCUUUUCAGAUCAAAGCAUUGAACAACUGAAUGAUGUUACUGCUGUCAGUGGAGUUAAUCUUCGGGAAGAGGAAGAACAAUUGUUCUCUGCAAACAAGGAGGACAGUCGUGUCUCCGAAGCAUCUAGAAGAGUUGUACAAGAAGAAGAGGAGAGGCUGAUUUUGCAGAAAACCCCUCUUCAGAAAAAAGUGGCAGAGAUCAUGGCCAAGUGUGGUCUGAAGAAUGCUAGCAAUGAUGUAGAGAAGUGCCUGUCCUUGAGCGUGGAGGAGAGAAUGCGGAGUUUGAUAAGUAACAUGAUCAGAAUGUCGAAACAGAGGGUUGAUUCAGAAAAGUCAAGACACAGGACUGUGGUUACCUGUGAUGUCCGGCAACAACUCCUGGCAAUGAACCAGAAAGCUAAGGAUCAAUGGGACAGAAAGCUGGCUGAAGCAGAAAAGCUACGGCGAGUAAAUGAUCCCGAGGAUGAUGAUGGAGCUGAAGGGGACAAGGAAAAGGACGAUGGUAAAGGAAAAGCACCCAAGGUGAACAAAGAGGAGGAUGACAAAAUGAGAACAACAGCAGCAAACGUGGCAGCCAGGGCUGCUGUUGGUGGAGAUGACAUGCUGUCGAAAUGGCAGCUCAUGGCUGAGCAAGCCCGACAGAAACGUGAAGGUGGUCAUGAAACUGCAUCUUCUUCUCAGUCAGCUAACAAAGAUGGGAGCCGUAAGGCCCAAUCAUUCUUCGGAAGGAAUGGCAGUCAAGAUGGAACAAAGAAGAGCUCUGGUCUUGGAUCCUUUGGUGGUAGGAAAUUUGGAAGGAGCCAGGUUGCAGGAGCACAGUUUAGGGAGGUUCGGAGUUUAACCAUCAAGGACGUGAUUGCAGUGAUGGAACGAGAGGCUCAGCUGUCGAAGUCAACUCUGAUCUAUAAGCUGUACGAGAAGAUCCAGUCCAAUCCGCCACCGGAAUGAUAAGAUCCCCUGCAGCUCCAAACCAGCUGCAAUGAAUUUGGAAGCCUGAUGAUCGGGCUAAUGUGGUUGCAGAGUCCAGUUUGUUGCUUGUACUUAAAAGAGCAGUUAUUGUUUGUGUUGCCUUUGGACACACUGCUGUAUUGGGCUAGUACAAUUGUAAACUCUCAGUGAUAGAAAUGUGCAAUUGCUUAUACUGUACAAAUGUUUGUGAUGACGAGUGCCAAGAGUUGAAUAUAUAUAUACAUGUAAUGUGCUCUAAGGAGUUUUCUGGUUUGAUGGGAAGCUCCUUCCCCUUUAUUUGAUACAUAAUAAUUUCCUUCCAUUGCCAUUAUCCUUCGCAGGAUGCAAGACUUUUUUUUCCUUUCUUUCUAAUGGUGAUAUUUAUUGAAAUUAAGGAAAAGAUAUUAU